GGCGCUCCGGCGGCAGGAGCGGCACUGUCGCGAUAGAGAGCGGUCCUGGGGCCGAGGUGUUCGUGCCCCCGCGGGGCUGUCGCGACAGAGCAGGGGGCCCCGGGGGCCGGUGGUGUGUCAGGGCCUGGGGGAUUCGCGACAGGGGAGAGGUUCCCAGUUGCCAUCCACGUGCGCGGCCUUUAGUCUGUCACAGUGGGGGACCGCAAGGCAGGACUGUCGCGAUAAGAUCGGGGUUGUCGGGCCAGUCCUGGCAGCGUUGCUGUGACAGAAGCGGGUCCCCGAAACAGUCGCAGGCAGGGCUGUGUUGACAGGAGGGCUCCCUGUGCCCCUAGGCCAGCCCCGCUCCGGGAAUGGAUCCGGGGAUGGGUCCGGGGAUGGAUCCGGGCAUGGGUCCGGGCAUGGGUCCGGGCAUGGGUCCGGGCAUGGGUCCGGCCGGAGCGCUCCCGGCGCUGGAGCGGGAGCUGCGGGCGGCGCUGGCGGAGGACGAGCGGCGGCAGCGGGAGGGCGAGGCCAAGCUGCGGGCGCUGCGCCAGGGCGUCCCUGACUACGGCCAGUUCAGGGAGAUUGUGCUGGCCUCACACCUGAAGCCUCUGGAGAAGAAGGACAGGCUGGGACAGAGGAGGAAUGUGCUGUGGAAUCCCUGUGCAGCCCCGACCAAGGCAACACCUGCCCGAGCUGUGGAGAUCCCACAGGAACUGCAUCAGCUGCCCAGGACUGCUGCAGAAUUUCACAGAGAUUGGCGCAGGUGCUUGAAAAGUGGGACAGAGAAAUACCAGUUUUUGCUGGAGCUCGGAGGGGAGGCCUUGGGCAGGAUCUUCCAGGCUGAUGUGGGCUUUGGCCUCCUGGGGGAAUUCCUGACAGUGCUGGCAGAGAACAUCUGUCCCGGAGACAGAGCUGCCAUCCUUCAGAUCCUACAGAGCCUGGCGGACACCAAGCGCUUCGGGCUGAACAUGGCUCUCCUGAGCCAGGCGGAGAAGGAGAGCAGCCAGGCUUUGUUCAGGAAGCUGCAGGGCAGGGAUUGUCAGGCUGCUGGCCAGCCUGGCACCCCAGCCAGCUCUGAGGCAGGGAGGGAAGCCCAUCCCAUGGAGACCCCCUUGGAAAAGGAGGCUGAGGAGGAGAGGGCAGUGGUGGAGCUGAUGAAGUGUUACCAGGUCAGCUGAGGGAGCAGGAGCACCAGGACUGAACAGCAAAAGGGUAAAAGAGGCUCAGAAAAAGGUCAGAGCUUGACUGAGGCAUCACCCAGGGCACAAGGUCUGCACAAAUAAAGUUUAGCUCCCAAGCUGUGGUGCUGUGAUCUCUGAGCAGGGUAUCCUCAUGGAUGGGUAUGAGGGUGUCUCUUGGAUAAGG